AUGGACACGCAACCCUUGAGCCAUUCGCGCCAAACGCCUGCAGCGAGGAACCAUAUAGUCUACACGGACCAUAAGGGCAGAAAAAUACCCUAUGCCGAUAAAAUAACUCCCGAACCGAUACUAAACAAAAAUGAAGGAAGAGAUACGAAGGCUGACUCGAUUAGGAACAGCUACAACAGCCAAUUCAAAGUUGGCAUCUACGGCUGGAGAAAGAAAUGUCUUUAUAUUCUUGUCAUGGCACUUAUGUUCAUAAUGAUUAUUAACCUUGUAUUGACGCUUUGGGUUUUAAAGGUGUUGGACUUUAAUUCGGAGGGGAUGGGCCAGUUACGAAUUGUUCCCGGUGGCUUGCAGUUGUUGGGGCAAGCUCUUGUCCUGGACUCGCUCUUUGCGUCCAGUAUCAAGUCCCGCCGCGGCCAGCCCAUUUCCGUUGAGUCCACGAGGAAUUUCACAGUUUGCACGCGUGAUUCGCACGGAUCUAUGCAAAGUAGGUUGUAUUUAGGUCACGACCGUUUGGAGGUGAACGCUUUGCGGCUGGAGGUGAGGGACUCUCGGGGCGGUCUGUUGCUAAGCGCGAACCAAGAUUCCGUUACGGUGGGCGCCGAAAACCUGGUCGUGUCUACUCCAGGGGGUGCGUCGUUCCACACCGCGGUACAAACGCCGCUCGUACGCGCCCCACCGUCAAAACAGCUGGUGUUGGAGUCUCCGACGAGGUCCCUCGAGAUGCACGCGGCGCAGAGUAUCGCGAUGGAGUCCAGAGCCGGCGACAUAAGUGCCAGCUGCCUCACUACAUUCCGGCUGCGGUCUAUCGCCGGCUCGAUACGUUUGGAAGCACCAAGUAUAUAUAUGCCGAAAUUGAAAUCGGCUCUGCCUCUGCCUGCGUCGACACCUCAUUCGCACGAUCCGCACCACCAAAACAUCUACCAGUUGUGUGCUUGCGCUAAUGGCAAGCUAUUUCUUGCGCCGCCUCAUGGUGCUUGUGCUGCGAGGGAAGAGAGUCUCAUUUGCCGA